AUAGCGCUGAUGGGCUGCUAAUCCCGACCGCAGGCCCCUAUUUAAGCCCGCCCCCUCCCUUCCUCUUCUCCUCCCCCCGCUCUCCCUCCCUCUCUCUCUCUCUCCAUACGCUUCCGAGCGCGCUCUUGAAGCAAGCAAGGCUCCACACACCUCUGCCUUCGCAUCCGCGAGCUCUGUUGCAUUGCCGCAGAGGAGGACCGUCAGUAGUUCUUUCCACCAGAGUCCGGAUCAUGGAGUUCGACGAGCGCUGCCUCAAGGUCCAGGACCCCAAGUUCGACUGCCUGCUCUUCGACCUCGACGACACUCUGUACCCGCUGAGCUCCGGGAUCUCAUCACACGUCAAGACCAACAUUGAAGCCUACAUGGUUGAGAAGCUGGGUAUUGAGGAGAGCAAGAUCGAAAACCUUGGCAACCUGCUGUAUAAGAACUAUGGCACCACGAUGGCCGGCCUCAGGGCAAUUGGCUACAACUUCGAUUACGACGAGUACCACAGCUUUGUCCAUGGAAGGCUGCCCUACGACAACAUCAAGCCCGACCCCGUUCUCAAGCAUAUUCUCAAGAACAUGCGCAUCCGCAAGCUCAUUUUCACCAACGGUGACAUGAUCCAUGCCGUGAGAGCCCUCAAGAGGCUGGGCCUGGAGGACUGCUUCGAGGGGAUCAUCUGCUUCGAGACCCUGAACCCGCCCUGCCUGCUGCCACAGUGCGACCAGGCGCCCAAGAUCUUCGACAUCGCCGGCCACUUCGCCGGGUUAGGCAGCGCCGACGACCUGCCCAGGACCCCCGUCCUAUGCAAGCCCAACGUCGGCGCCAUGGAAGCGGCGCUCAGGAUCGCCAACGUGAACCCUUACAAGGCGAUUUUCUUCGACGACAGCGUGCGCAACAUUCAGGCAGGCAAGCGAAUUGGCCUCCACACGGUGCUGGUUGGCACGUCACACCGGGUGAAGGGCGCGGAUCACGCGCUGGAGAGCAUCCACAACAUCAGGGAGGCGCUGCCGGAGCUGUGGGAGGAGGCCGAGAAGACGGAGGACGUCCUCUACGCCGACCGCGUCGCGAUCGAGACAUCGGUGACCGCGUAGACGCCGCCGCCGCCGCUGGCUCCCGGUGCACCUUCAGUCUGAUACCCCAAGCGCAACCCGAUCCGACCCGGCGUCCCCGAGCCUGCCGGACUACUGGUGAUCAUCACGUGGAAUUCAGCAUUGGCCGGGAAAAAACAGUAUCCAGCACGAGGAGGGGGGAGCUCAGAAAAGUCAGGAAUUAAUGCGGCAUGCACACCAUGCCGGGCCGGUCCUAAUAUAUGUAUAUGUAUAUGGAGUAUGUAUCGAUCAGUCAGAUCUUUGCUUGUAAAUUACUGCUAGGAGGAAUGAAUAAUAAGCAAAAAAACGGGGGUUACUUGUA